AUGUCAGAGUCCGGCAAAAAGGUGUUCCUGAUUGGCCCAGGCUACAUUGGCCUCGAAGUCAUGGACCGACUUCUAGAAGCCGGCUACCCUGUUACGACUCUAGUCCGCAGAAAAGAAGCAGCCGAAGAAUUAAAGCACAAACAGAAUGUCGAAGUGGUGAUGGGCACGAUUGAUGAUCUGGAUCUCAUCACCAAGCAAACCGCAGCCCACGAUAUCGUGAUUCACACCGCCACAGCCGACCACCUUCCCUCUGUGCAAGCCGUCAUUAAAGGAAUCGAGCAAAGAGCCGCUCAAGACAAACAAACAUUCUACAUUCACACAAGCGGCUGCUCCUUCCUCAGCGACGAUAGCCACGGCAAAUACGGAAGCGACAAGAUCUACAAAGACACGAAUCCAGCAGAUCUGGACGCACGGCCAGAUUCUUCCUCUCAUCGUGAAAUUGAUCUUGCUAUUCUUGCUGCCCGCAACAAAUUAGGCACCAAGGCAAAGCUGUUCAUAAUACUCCCUCCCUUGAUCUACGGUGCUUCGAGCUAUGGCAAACUAUCUAUCCAAGUCAUCACCAUGGCCCGCUUUGCUUUGAAGCACAAAUAUGCUGGUUACGUGGGUGGAGGCAAGGGUAUCUGGGGUCUAGUUCAUGUCAAAGAUCUUUCCUAUGGCUAUGCCACUGUCCUCCAAUGGCUCGAAAACUCACCCGAGACUGUGAGUCUGGAGAAUCCGUACUUCUUCUGCGAGAACGGUAAAGAAGUCACUUGGGCCGAGUGUGCAGGUUUCAUCGGCAAAGAGUUGAAAGCAGCUGGCAAGAUCGAGGAUGCCUCGCCGCAAGAGAUCCCGCCAGAGCAGUACAAUGAUUUGUUUGGCAAAUACUCUGAUGUUGUCAUUGCGAGCAAUGCUAGGAACAGGGCUGAGAGGUUGGAGCAACUUGGUUGGCAGCCUAAGCAUACCGAUAUUCAUCAAGCAUUCAGGGAUGAGGAGUUGCCGAUUCUGCUCAAAGAGACUGGCGAGUUCAAUGGCUAUGCUAAAGAAGCAGCAUCGGGCUCUGGCUGA